AUGCACAACUACGUGUCGUAUCGCCCACUACGGGUGGUUGUAGCCACCCCUGGUCCUUCUAUGGUUAGGGAUAACUAUGCACAGCUACGAGUCAUAGCAUCCACCACGGGUAUUUGUAACUGGCCCAUUUUUGUUGGCAAUUCCUUCCCUACUACCCUCAAAUCAGUAAGUGUUCUGAAGAAGUUGCUGCUAAAGUUGUGCACUAAAAGAAGAAAAAAAGUAGAUAUGACCGAUUUGCCAAAGAAAAAUGAUGAAACAGAUAACAGAAAAGAUGAAUCUGAUGAUAGUUCAAAAAGCAAGAAAGUAAUAUAUUUAAAUAGUAGUACGGACAAUCAAAGUGGUCGACGAAGAAAAUAUCCAGAAUCAGAUGAAGAAAGUUCGAGAUGUAUUAUACCCAACAAUCAAAAAAUAAGAGGGAAAAAUCCAAAUCAGCCAGUUAAUAUGGCCAAAAAUAAAGAAACAGAUGCAUCAAAAGUUUCUCCCAUAUUUCAACCACAACAUGAAAAUCAAAGAAACGAAAGGGAUUUAACGCAUUCGUUAUAUACAGGGGUGAAAUUCACUGGGGUCAUUGAUGGAGUAAUUCCUGGAGGAUACUUGCUCACUAUAAGAGUGGGAAAUGGUCUUGGUUUACAAGGUAAAGCUUUUUUCUCAUCUCAUAUACUUGCACAAAUUGGAGCAGGUGCUAAUGUGAACGUUCCUUGGGCAUGUCCCACUAAUGUUGAUCAUACUCAAAAGGAUUACAAUCAAAAUUUGAAUCAAGAGAAGGAGAAUGACCAUCUUAGAAACACAUGCAAUCAAGAACCAUUUAGAAAUUUAGACAUAUACAAAAAUCUUCUUGAAAUUGAAACAAAUGAUGAGUUACAUUCAUAUUACUCGGAUAUUGAGAUGCCUCAUUCAUCUGGAUCAGAUGUGCCUGAUCCUUUACUAGUCACAAAUAAAUUUACGCCUAUUGUGCUCAAGCAAGUUAAUCCAUUAACUGGGGUGCCAGUUGAUCAACCAAAAUCUCAUGAUAAAGGAAAACAAAUACUUAAAGAUUACUAUACUCCAAAUCCAAAAGAUUACAGAAUCGGCAUAGAUCCUUUUUUACCAAAGAAAUUUCCAUCUCCGGCCAUCAGUAUAAGUCCACCUUGUGAUGGUGUAAGAAAAAGAUAUGCCUCUACUGAAAUUUUAGUCACUGAACAAUAUGCAAGACUUUCUCAGCCAGGUUUAUCAUCACUUAAUCGAAACACAAGCCAACAAUUGUUGCUCAAGAAUAAUGAAAAGGUUGUGCAAUACCAACCAGUUGGCGUAAGAAAAAGAAAUGUCACUACUGAAAUUUUAGUCCCAGGACAAUAUGCAAGACUCUCACAAUCAGAUCCAUCAUCACCUAAUCGAAACAUAAGUCAACAUGCGUUUCUCAAUAAUAAUGAAAAUGUUGUGCAAUUCCAACCAACUGCCGUAAGAAAAAGAAAUAUGUCUACUGAACUUUUAGACACAGAACAAUAUGUAAGACUCUCUCAUCCAGAUUCAUCAUCAUAUAAUCAAAAUAUUAACCAACAUGAGAUGCUCAAGAAUGAUAAAAAGGUUUUGCAAUACCAACCAAACAGCGUAAGAAAAAGAAAUAUCUCUACUGAAAAUUUUGACACUGAACAAUAUGCAAGAAUCUCUAAUUCAGGUACAUCAUCACUUAAUCGAAACACAAGCCAGCAUGCAUUGCUCAAGAAUAAUGAAAAGGUUGUGCAAUGCCAACCAACUGACGUAAGAAAAAGAAAUGUGUCUACUGAAAUUUUAGACACUGAACAAUAUGCAAGAUUCUCUCAGCCAGGUUCUAUCAUUGAGCAGCAAGAAAAUAAAAAUUUUAUUGACUUGGAGAGAGAAAAAUAUGAUGAUGAUGACAAUACAAAAUCAAAUUCUACAUCAUAA